CCCCGCACUAUCCCCAUGCGCCAACCAUAUCCAUGAUAAGCAAUUGCCUCAACUAAGAAUUUUCUAACAGCCCUACCAGCUCGAUCCAAAUAACAGCUCGAUCCCACCACCAGGGAAAGAAAGGGAAAGGGAAAGGGAAAGGGCAAAUGUGGAGCUCGCACGACAAUGGGACCGGCAUGGCAGCAAUAAAUGCACCUCCACCAUCAAUGACCGAGGAAGACGCGAACUCGGCAGUCAGCAACGAUGAAGCCCCGAGCGAUGAUGACGUAGGGCCUGCCGGCUCGGCCGACGCACCGAGAAAGCGGAGGAGGGAAGGACGCCAAAAGAUAUCAUGCGAACUGUGCAAGGCGCGCAAAGUGAAAUGCGAUCGUGCCGAGCCCGCGUGUUCGUGGUGUGCCCGGCGCAACCGGACAUGCGUCUAUCUCGAGAGGCACAAGCCGAAGGGAGCCCAGGCCGGCUUCAACCUUGAGCUUGAAGUCAAGGUCAAUAGAAUCGAUGCUCUCCUCCAGGCCCUGGGGCGUCGAGUAGAGGAUCAUAUCGCUCACGAUCACUCGGUCGUUACACCAGGGCUCCCUCCAAUCGUCAGUAAUAGCAACAGUUUAUCUCAGAUCGACAGCUUCCAUCGCGAUGGAAACGGACCUAGCCCGAACGGCCUCUCAAGAGACGCCUUGAGCUCCCAGGGAAGGACGCCCGCGUAUCCAACCCCCGUUUGGCAGGGCGGUAAUGGGCAGGAUGGCAUCCAACACGGCGACCAGAUUACACUCCCGGCCCUUUUGAAUCAGCCCACCGACAGCUCCUUCAGUCGCUCACAUUCAUCUUCCAAUAUCACAGGGUUACGAAAGGACACCCCGUUGCUCUCACCCGCCGCCGAUCUCCCGCCCCACGACAUGGUCUACACCCUUGUUGACUUGUACUUCAAACACUGCAACACAUGGUGUCCGAUUCUCGACCGAAAGACAACGUUUGGAACCUUCUUCGGCUCUACGUCGCUGGAGGAAGCUGACCGGGUCCUCCUUCAUGCCAUCGUGGCAACGACACUGAGAUUCUUCAAGGACUCCCGGUUAUCCCGCGAGAUGCGGGAGCAUUACCAUGCCGUAUCCAAGCAUACCGUGCAGAUAUACGCCAUGGAGCACAUCAGCAUUCCGGCACUCCGGGCGCUGGUUAUAAUAACCCUGGAUGAGCUAGGCACCUCCAACGGCCCGCGGGGAUGGAACCUGCUCGCACUCCUGGUGCAGAACGUGAGGCAGCUGGACCUCUGCGAGGAGAGCAGUGUAUUUUUAUCGGCCCAGGCGGAAGACACGCCGCACACGGGCUCCAUCCGCCGGCUGGCGACGGGCAAGCCCGAGUCGUGGAUCGAGGAUGAGGGCCGGCGGCGGCUGUGCUGGAUCGUGUAUCUACUGGACCGAUACGCGACGAUUGCCACAAUCACCUUCGACUUCAUGCUCGACGACAAGAGGAUGAAACGGGUUCUCCCCUGUUCCUACGACUUGUUUUCCAGGAAUGUGCCGGUCGAGACGCGAUCCUCCCCGAGUCCACCCACAAACCAGCAGGGCCCGGCCGAGUAUACUAUCAACAAGCCUGAAAACCUCGGCAGCUUCUCCUACCACUGCGAGAUCUUGAGGAUCCUCACCAGGGUUCACGACUUCCUCAAGACCCCCUUCGAUGUCACAUCCUCGGCCGACAUGGCCGGCUGGAGGAACACAUACCGGUCACUAGACGGCGCCCUCGACAGCUGGCUACAGAGCCUCCCAAGCGAGUACAGCCGGAUAUCCGCGCUCUGCCACUCGGACCCGGCGAGCCGCGUCGCCAACUGGUUCAUGCUGCACAGCGCCUACGUCACCUGCGUCGUGCGCCUGCACUCCUCGGCCGCGUACCCGACCGUCCGGUCCAACAUCUUCGUGCCGUCCCACUACGCCAUGCAGAGGUGCCUGUCCGCCGUGCACAGCCUCGGCGACAUCGCGCGGGACGUGCUCGAGGCCGACGGCCUGGAUCUGCUCGGCCCGCCGUUCGCCUUCUCGCUGUGGGUGGCUGCGAGGUUGCUGGUGGUCCAUGCCGCGGCCGUUGGGUCGCCGGUGGAUUCCAAGAUCGACUUCUUUGUUGAGACCCUUCGCCAUGUUGGGCAGCAUUGGGAGGUCGCGAACAACUAUGCCAAGAUCCUGGCUCGGGUUGUUCGGAGGGGACGGGAGAGUAAUAUAAGCUUUGCUGCUAUGAGGAGAAGCGCCUAUGAUUUGGUAACUCUGGCAUCUACAACCCGACAGUCUGGCCUGGAGCAGACAUCGACACAGGUUACGUCACUCAGCGAGCUCGACAAUAUCGACGUCUUCGACUUCUUCAACUAUCCAAAGGUCUCAGAGGUUGCUACAAUAGCUUCGAGUGGUAAGACCAACCUUUUGCAGUCUCAGCAGAUGGAUGAACUUAGUUUGGAGGCAAGGAGGACUAACGGGCCUCCUGACCCUGAAUCUGACUGGUUAGGAUUAGGAACCCCCUUUACCUAAGAUACCUUAUGUAGACUAGUGCCUUGCACUGCAUUUAGUUCAAAAUAGCUUACUAUUACGUAUUUCAGGGGGACUGAGAUGGAUCUCAGGAGCCACACAGAUUAUCGAGAAUACCCUAGAUACCAGUCUCAAGGUUCCCAACAUGUAGUUUGAUGACUAAUAAUAGG